GUGACUCGUCACUCCGCGCUGGAAGAUGGCUGCGGUGGAGCGGACCCAUGUCAGGGAAGGGUUCCGGAUAGCUACACUGUGCGCGUUCUGGUACACGGUCAGCUCGGGGGGAAACGUGGUUAACAAAAUCAUCCUGAAUGGCUUCCCGUACCCAGUCACCGUCUCUCUGUUCCACAUCGUCUCCAUCGUCGUCUUCCUCCCGCCGCUGCUGCGGGCAUGGGGAGUCCCCAAAACAGAGCUGCCGAGCAGGUACUACCGAUGGUACAUCCUGCCUCUAGCUUUCGGGAAGUACUUUGCGUCGGUGUCGGCUCACUUCAGCAUAUGGAAAGUGCCCGUGUCGUACGCGCACACCGUCAAAGCCACAAUGCCAAUAUGGGUCGUGUUGUUAUCGAGAAUCAUCAUGAAGGAGAAGCAAACCACGAAGGUGUACAUAUCGCUUAUUCCCAUCAUUGGCGGAGUGCUGCUGGCCACCGCCACUGAGCUCUCCUUUGAUGUUUCUGGGCUGAUCAGCGCUCUGGCCGCCACACUCUGCUUCUCUUUGCAGAACAUCUUCUCCAAAAAGGUGUUGCGUGACACACGGAUCCACCACCUGAGGCUACUCAACAUCCUGGGCUUCAAUGCUGUGUUUUUCAUGCUGCCCACCUGGGUUCUGGUGGACCUCUCUGUGUUUCUUGUGAAUGGAGACCUGUCCAGCAUUUCGGAAUGGAGCGGCACCUUUUUCCUCCUGCUCAUCAGCGGCUUCUGCAACUUCGCCCAGAACGUCAUCGCCUUUAGUGUGCUCAACCUCGUCAGCCCACUCAGCUACGCCGUUGCCAACGCCACCAAGAGGAUCAUGGUCAUCAGCAUCUCGUUGCUAAUGCUGCGCAACCCGGUCAGCCCCACAAAUGUGCUGGGUAUGAUGACAGCGAUAGUCGGGGUUUUCCUCUACAACAAGGCCAAGUAUGAUGCUAACAAGGAGAAGAAGCUGCUGCCGAGCUCCAAGCAGGACCUGAUGACCUUUGACAACCCGGCGCUGGAGAAGGUCCAGGCCAAUGGGUCAGUGCCUUUCUCCCACGGCUCAGAGCAGCAGCACAGCUGGAACAACGUGCUGACUGACCACUUUCAGUACAGCAGACAGGCCUACACGUCAAACUACAGCAACAACCACCAAUAUGUGGUCUAAAGGAGGAGUGUCCUCGCUCUGGGUAGCUGUCAUAGACAUUACUGUGUGUAGCCGCCCUCCCAACAGCUGUUCUUCAAAGCUGCACUUCAAAAAUGAGACCGAAGGCAAGUGCUGUUAGUUCUGGAUAGGAAUAAUGAGACGAGUCUAUCAUGAAAGGGCCAGUGACACAACCUCUCCCACGCUCCUCCAUGUCUAAACUUCACUUUCUGACCGCUUUGCUCUCUAUUGUUAUUUAUUACUUUGGUACUGACUGUGGGGGACAACAAAACAAAAUCAUAUCAGUCAUUUUCAGAUGUUUUGGUUAUCGAUUGAUAUAUGUUAACCAAACGUGUCGCCACAGAGUGGAGAUGUGACAGUCGUUGAGUGGAAUAAUUUUCACCUCACUGUCUGGAAAUGUUUGAGUUUUGUUUUCACAACCUGCCAUAAAUCGUUUUGGGUUAUUUUAUUCACGUGCAGAGGAAAACAUGUCAGCUGUAAUUAUUUACUGUGAACUCUA